AUGAGAAGUAUCUUGAAAGUUCCAAGACGACUAUUAAAUACCAGCUCUAUAAAUAUGGGAAGGGAUAAUAUUUUGAAGCAUUUGAAAGAAAAGGGUGAAGUAAAUGGUGAUUCGGAGCUUGAGAUCCCCCAGUCAUCACCUCCUUUAUCAACUAGUGUCUUUGCUAACAACAAGUCGUCCAAUUUCCCAUUUACAUUGAGUAAGGAAUCAACUAUUCAGGAUUACUUAAAUAAUAACAAGUACUUUGUCGAUUCUAUUAAGCACAAUUACGACACUAAGAUCUUUGACAUCAAUAAACAGGGACAAUCGCCUCAUACUUUGUGGAUCGGAUGUUCUGAUUCUAGGGCAAGUGAGGGAUGUCUUGCGACCUUACCUGGAGAGAUCUUUGUGCACAGAAAUAUUGCCAACAUAGUGAAUGCAAAUGACAUUUCAUGCCAGGGGGUUAUUCAGUACGCAAUAGAUGUCUUGAAGGUUAAAAAAGUGAUCAUUUGUGGCCACACCGAUUGUGGUGGCGUUUGGGCUUCUUUAUCGUCAAAGAAAAUUGGUGGAGUCUUGGAUCUUUGGUUAAAUCCCAUCAGACAUAUCAGAGCUGCUAAUUUGAAAUACUUACACGAAUUCAACCAUGAUCCUCAUUUAAGGGCAAGAAAGUUGGUGGAGUUGAACAUUAUAUCUAGUGUCACUGCUUUAAAAAGACAUCCAUCAGCUUCUAUGGCAUUAAAGAAUGGCGACAUUGAAGUAUGGGGUAUGCUUUACGACGUUGGCACUGGUUACUUGCAAGAAGUCGAAGUACCUAACGAUGAAUUCGAGGAUCUAUUUCACAUACAUGAUGAAGUAUAA